CCUGUUACCUGUAUGAACGUUAGUAUAACUAGUUAAUAGAACACUGUAUUACUAUAAUCAAUCUGUAGUAUGGCAAAUACUUCAGAAAUUUAAACAGACAACAGUCAACAGUAUAAAUUACAGUCACAUUAUAAGGCUUAUAGUGCCUUUGUAUAAUAGUCUUGUCGCCGUUAUUUAUAUUUAAUAUUUACGCGUGUUACGCGGUUGUCGAGCUUUUUUGUUAGUGGAACGUCAUGUUGGAAUUGGACAGCAGCUGUACGCCGCCAAAAUGGAAACGGCCAGAAGAUGUGAUGAAGAUGCACCGUAUGAAGAUGAAAAAACGUGCCCUACAAAAUCGAUUUGUCAAAUCGAUGGAAACCGCAUCGUCUUCACAAAUUCCAAAAAUUGAUCCAGUAGGCCGGAUGGUUGUGCAAAGAUCUCCGUCCAAAAACCCGUUUAGGUGAGCGUAAUACAUUUAUUCUGUUAUGAUGGGAUCAAAUAAUAUGUAACCACUUGAUUAUUUGUAGACGAAAAACGCCAGUCAAGAAUAAGCCACAGGUGGACCCUAGACUGGCAUUGAAAAGAGCCAGAGUUGAGUACAGUGACGACAAUGCGUGCACAUCCAACCUAUCCAAAGUAUUACGAGACUGUGAGUCCAUUCCAUCUGUUUCACAGUUUCAUGCUCUAGAUGAAAGCGUUAUCUCAUUUGUAGACGUUCUACGCACUGUUAAACCAGUGACUGUUAUUGAAGAAGUAAUAAAUACAUAACCUAUUAUUUGAUGCUUUUACUUUAAAUUUGUACCAUUACUUUUAGGAAAUUAAAGAAAUAGUAGGCAAAUCAGACUUACCAGUUGACUGGACAUUACGAACUAAAGUACGUUUUUUAUCUCCAAAUACAUUUCCAUGGAGCCAAAAAAUUAAAACAUGUGAAGAAGCAUCAGCGACAACCGGGUAACUUUAUGACUCACUCUGGCACUUCUAAAAAAUCAAAUUAAUUACUUAUUCUUUAUUUAAAUAUGUAGAUUUGUGAGAUGUCUAGACACUGAUAACGAUGAACAUUCAUUAGAUACUAGUCCAAACAGCAGAUUCCAUCAGUGUUGUAUGGCUUGGCAACAUCCAUCCUUACCUUGGGUGGACCUUAUUCAUAGAGGUCCACGUAUUGCAAUUAGAGAUUCAUCCAAUAAUAUGCCUUCAGUUAAUGCAAAUUCUGUAUUCAGAGAAUCCCUUUUUACCCACUGGAUUGAUAGUUUCCGAUCAUUAUUUCAGGUAAGAUUUGAUAUUUUAUCAAGUUUAUAUAAAAAAAUGUAUAAAUAUUUUUUAAAUUAAUAACUAGUAAUAGUAAUUUUCUACUAGCUUGUUCGAGCUAACCAAUGUCCUUACUUUUAUGUUCUUGCCAAUGCAUUCACAUGUACCUUUCGAGCGUCGAGCAUUGGUGGUUACAAGGAGCUAAAUGCAAUGAUUUAUCCAACUACCCAAGGGCUUAGAGAUAUUCUUAGACGUGAAGGUAUAUCAUACAAAUUAUAUUUUUAACGGCCUUGCUUAAUGUUUUACAAUUGUUUACAUAGACAUAGAGUUCACAAUGCCAUUACUGGAAGAAGAUGAAAAUGGUAGUGAACUAUUUUCUGGGAAAUUAUCAGAAGAUGUCAAAAUUGCAGAGGAUGAAGAACCCGAACGGUGGUUAGAAACAAUGGGUGCUGAACAAUCUGAAAUUAAACGUUUACAAAGUUCACAGGUACUUUUUUCAAAAGUUUAUUAACUGUAUUAUGUGAAUUAUAAUUCUUCUAUUGAACUAUAUUUUUAGAGUGAACUCGUAUCAACCCGUCAACGAAAAAUAGAUAGUACUAAAGAAUCCUUGGUGCUCGUAACUGGUGUUGAAGCCCAAGCUCUAUUUAAUUGGUUGAUAAAUUGCCGUUCGGCCGUAUCAAAUACAGGACCUCAUGCAGGUAUACCGCCUACACUUUUAGCGCCUGUAGCUUUUACUGGAGCUACCUUAACACCACUUAAAGUAAGAAUCAAAUUAUUUAAUCAAUUUUUAAACAAACUUACACCCAAAAUUUAAAAACAUGUACAAUAUGAAUAACACAUAAAUCUUUAAUAUGAAUCUUACACUUCAUAUAAUUUAAAAUUAAAAAUUUAAUUAACUCAACAGAACUAAAAGAAGAAUGAAGGGUAAUGUUGGCUUAAUAAAGAAAGACCUAUUCCAAAUAUAUUAGUUUGUUUUACAUAAGGGGAUAAGGAAUGGAGUAUUAUUUACAGGUGAAAUUGAGUAUAUGUACAUCAAAGUAUAUUAAAGAAAACUGAAUCAGUAGAGCCGGUAACAAGAUCACUGAUAAAAGAAAUAUUGGCAAGGUUUAUCAGAAAAUAGUUAAUUGGAACCUAUUUAAAAGGAACAGAACUGUAUCAAUGGGAAGGAUAGACUAUUUGUAAAAUAAAGCUCACAAAUACUUAUAUAAUCUAUGAUAUGGAUUAUUACUAGGAAACGGACUUUAAUGCCAUAAAAAAUAAGAAAAAUGUCCUAAAAAAUACGACUUAAUGCCUUAAAAAAAUGCCCUAAAAAACAUUAAUUUUUUUUUAAAUUCAAUAAAAACUAUUUUGAACUUACAACUUUUAAAAAACACAUUAUUAUGAACAAUUUACCUAAUAAAAAAUAUUUUCUGUAAAUAUAUAUAUAAAAAUAUAGUUCAAUUAUCUUCUUCAUCUUCUUUUUACCCUAAAAAUUAUUUCCAAAAAAUUAAUAGGUACCUAUACAAUUUAGGUAGGUAUAUUCGUUAUACUUUUACCUUGUGUUUCAUAAUAGCACUGUAAUCAGAUGCUGCUUAAUAUUCUCAAAUAUAAAUCUUUGACGGUUAUCGACCAGUGUUGUUUUGUAUCUCGAGAGACUUCGUUCCACACCAACUGAUGUCAUAGGGGCAAACUUCAUAUGACCCAUGUCAUCAGCAGUUCUUCAGAUAUUGUAUUAUUUCGAGAUGUUGCUUUUCCUUCCAAAUAUUUAAAAUAUGUUUCGUUGUUUUAAAUCUCAAAUUGUUUUCAAUUACAGCUUCUAAUUUUUUUUAAUGGAUUUUCCGAUACUAUUAUUGUCUGUUCCGAUUUUAUUUUGUACUUAAGUAAUAAUAUUUAUUGCGUCAGCCAAUGAUAAUCCAGAUGUUUCUAAUAUAGUAAUAUAUUUUGGUAAAUUUCCAUAAUUUACUUUGAUAAAUGUCAACUUUAGUUCCAAAUUAUUAUCAUUUAACAGUUUUUGUGCAUUCUCAAUUACUACAGCAUCUUCUUCAUCAAACUCCAUCACAAUUGAUAAUUUUCACAAUAGUAUAUGGCUGCCAAUAACCAUGUACCCCACCUAGUAAGUAUUGGUUGAGGGGGCAUUGGUAUCCCUGGCACCAUUUCUUUGAAUUUCAAUACUUGAGAUGGGCAUUUCAAGCUACUCUGUGUAGAGAAUGUGCCAAACAUAUAACGUGUUCCAUUUUUGAGUAAAAUGCUUUAAUAUUUUUUCCUGCCUUCACCAUAUGAGGUGCUGCAUCACUGAGAAAUAGGAGUACAUUAUCGUCUUUAAUACCCUCUGGCCAUAACAAGCUCAUAGAUUUGUCAAAUAAUUUAGCUACAGUACUAUAAUUUGCUUUUUCUAAAACUUCGACAUUAAAUAAAAAAGUUUUACCGGGGCAUCUAAUUUCUAAAGUGCCGAUUAUGACAUUAGUGACAUAUCGGCCUUCUAUGUCUGUAGUCUCAUCUAUACUCACCCACAAUUUUUUAUUCUCCACGUAGUUCUAAUAGAAUUUAUUGUAUUAUUGUAAGUAUCACCCACAUAGUUCUUUCGAAUUGUGGAUUUGUCUGGAAUAUGUUGGCCGAUAUACUUAGAAAGAAAUUUGCGGAAAUUUUCAUUUUUCAGUUUAAAAAGAGGAAUGUUAGCAGAUACCAUUGCAGUAUAAAGAUCUGUAAUAAAUAUUUUUUGGCACAGUAUUAAAUAAUGUCUGAACAACUUCACUUUUUUUAUUUUUUUUAUUUCUAGUGUACAUAAAUAUUUUUCUCUACUCACAUGUUGUGUUACAGUAAAUUUUUUUUCGGCUGCCACUCUGACCUCACAAAUCUUACAAAAUAGAACGCUUCCACCGGUAGAAAAAAUUGAUUCCCCAUAUUGUUCAACGUAUGAAUGCAAACGACAAACAUCUGAAGUUUUGGCCUUAGGCGUUUUCAAAAACUUUGUGGAAUAAACAAACCUAAACUAAAUAAAUCUACGAAAAUCACUCGAAAACAUUAACGACGAGGCUAUACGCUAUACUAAACGAUGAAGUAAUGACAACUCAACAGUGCAAUACAAAAUUACAAUUUAGAUAAAUAGAUUAUCUUAUCUUUACUUGUAUAUAUGUAUAUACGUGUGUCAACAAUAAUUUCAUCUGGAGUCAGGGUUUAUCCAAUCGGUAAAAACAUAAUAAAUAUUUAUUUAAAUUUUUUAAGAAUGAAUGUUAAUCUACAUUUUUAUCGAAUUUUGUCCAUUCCCAUUCAAAAAUUACUAAAAAACAUAAAAAUGCCCUAAAAAUAUCAAAACAUGCAAAAUAAAAGUUAUAUUUCUUAAUUCCUUGAUGUAUGAAAUGAACUUUGUGCUUGGAAAGCAAUGUUUUCUGACAUUUAGAAAAAAAUGCAAUUUGCAUUCAAAUUCGUUCCCUAAUUAUUACUAUUAUUUAAUAUUAAGACUAGAAUAACAUCUUAAAAAGUAGUUAUUGUUUUAUUAAAUACUUCAGGUGAGACAAAGCAUUGUGAAAGUCGAUGGUCAAAGUUAUAAUUCAAUAGAGGUUAAGGGUCCUGUUAUGCCAGAUGCUGUUUAUAAUUUUUGUGAUUUAUUGUCAAAAUCUUUAAUGAAGUUUACUGCGACAUUUGCAAAUUUAGAGACCACUAAACCUUUUACGUUGGCUUCAGAAUCGAAAAAAGGUACAGAUAAAACAAUUUAUCUAAAUGUUUUCACUUAAAAACUACAUUGUGUAUUUUUGUUUAGAUUGUACAAAUAGUCAAAAGUCUGAAGACAGAGCAAUACAUUUAUUCGGCCAACAAAACCUGAGUGAUUGUGGUCUAAGAGAUAUAGUACUUAAAAAAUUUUGUUUAGCAAAUACUAAAGCAUUUGAUAGUGUAAAAUAUACUAAAGACAAUGGAUAUUUUAUCUCAUGAACCAUUUUUGGUUUGCCUAAUUUUUACAAGAUGAUGUUACUUUCAUUGAUAUAUAAUUAAAUUUUAACGUUU